AUGGCGGCCCCUACCAAUGGCUACUCGUCGCCCUCGAACGGCCGCAAGCCCUUCGCCCACAUCGACGAUGUCACCUCCGUCGCCGUCGAGAUCGACCCCCAUACGCCCCUGCGCAAGGUCCUCGAGCUGGGCGAUACCCACAUGCGCCAGGCCAUCACCUUCAGCGACUUCAGGCGCCCCGACCUGGCCCUCCAGGAGUACAUCAAGGCCUUCACCAUCGCCGUCGACAAGAUACCCAAGCACAAGGACUAUCCCUCCCUGAAGAACGAUCGCAGCGACCUGAGCAGGCUGUACAGCGCUCUGAAGGUCAAGAUCACCAACAACUCCGACAAGUUCGACAAGAUCAAGGCCGAGAUCAAGGAGGACAACCUGCGCAAUGGCGUGCGCUCCGCGAGACGCGCCUCCGAGGCUCUUCUCAUGAACCUGCCCAGUGUGCCGGGCUCCCUCCCUAAUCAGCACAAACCCAACGGCCUGAACGGUACGGCAGACAAACACGCGGGCAACGGCUUCGAAACCCGGCCCAGGAACGGCAGCGCCAGUGGAAACGCGAGGGCCAAGCCGGCAGUGCAACCAAAGCCACAGGUGCUUCAUGGGAACACCAUCAACAAGCCUUCAGCCGGUCCUGUCGGCCAGGACCUGGCAAGCAGGUUUGCCCAACUGCGUAGCGCUCAAGACGCGUCGCCUAUACCACCGUCGGGACACGGCAAACCGUCGGGGCCUAGAGACAUGCCCAAUACAAAUCGCCCGCAGCCACAUAUCAACAGCGCUGUGCCGACCAUGCCCAAGAUGCCUGAUGCUAUCUACAGCCCGGCAAGGGGCACCAUUACCAGCGAGAUAGCAGAUCUCCCUUCCAGCACACCCAGGGGCAUGUUCAGCCGCACCAACUCCAUUGCCUCCGUGUCCUGCUCUUCUGCGAGGAACUCGAUUGACAUCGGGUCGAGGCCGAUGGCAACCGAGCAUUCCGUCCCGACGCAGAGUACCCACGAGAAUGGCACAGCGGCCGCACCCGCUUCGCCACGGAUUCAAAUCCCACCAGGCAAUACAAUCACCCCUGAGCAGCUCCAAGGGUACAUGCAAAAGGGGGCAAGCGUUGUCCGCUUGCUGAUCAUCGAUGUCCGCACUCGGGAAGAGUUCGACGAUGGGCACAUCAUGUCCCAGAACACCAUCUGUGUCGAGCCUUCUGUUUUGGCCAGAGGCGAUAUCUCAGCUGACGAUAUCGAGGAGAGCAUGGGAAUAGCACCCGAUGAAGAGAUGAAAGCAUUUGAGAACCGCGCCAAAUUCGACCUUGUGGUCUUUUAUGACGAAGAAUCAACCAAACUACCCGAGAAUCCCCGGAACGACGAGGACGGCUUCGUCCUGUUUACUCUAUACCAGGCACUCGACCACUUCAAUUAUGGAAGGGAGCUCAGGAACAAACCGAAACUGCUGCGGGGCGGCGUAGAAGCGUGGACCGACAUCUUUGGCCGGUACAGUCUGCAGGAAUCCAAAACAUCCGCAGCGAUCAAGGAUGGCAAGCCCAAACCUGACCUCAGCCGGUUCAAGCCAGGUUAUAACAACAGGCGGCGAGCUAGAGCGCAGACGAAAGCAUUACGACCUGAAGAAAUCAAGGAAUUUGAGAGAAAGCUGCGGGAAGAUGAAGCAGCCGCCAGGUCACCACAGGAGUACGUCAGAAGUACACAAGAUUUCCUGCGGCGAUUCCCUUCGGCUUCCGAGAUACAGCAGUCCAUGUCAUCUCAGACCUCUGGCAGCCAGGACAGCUUUGAGUCUGAUCUCCCUCCUGCGCCGCCAACGCGCCCAGCUCCGGCAGUACCGCGUACUAGUUAUAGCGGUCUUUCGACCAAGAGCCCAGAGAGCGAUGUGCCACUUGCCAAGACAGCAAGCUCCGGCGUUGUCGUCCGGGAUCGGCCAACAGGGCUUAUCAAUCCUCACAACAACUGUUUUGCCAACUCCGCCAUACAAGCAAUCUUGGCUUCGCCGGGUUUUGCUCCUCAUUUUGCCUCAAAAGACUGGCCAACGAGCUGGAAGCCUGCAGAUGAUAAUCCACAGCUGAUGGCUAGGAUCCUGGGAAACUUGAUCCAGUGGCUGGCUGGAAAGCAGUUUGAGUCAAUGCAGCCCACAACUUUCAUGAAAUACUGUCAAUCUAUCCACGAAGGGUAUCGCCUCCCAGGAUCAAAUCGACUUUGCAAGUUUGGCGAUGGAACGCAGCAUGAUGCUUCAGAGUUUCUUUUUGACUUCGUGUUCUCGCAGCUGGAUAACGAAACAAACCGGAGCAGGAAUACGCAGUUUGUGAAUUACUCACAACCUGGUGAAGAAUUAAAGAAGAAGGAUAAAAAGAGAGCCCAGGCACUUCCGCUCAUCAGCCUUGCCUUUGACUCCUGGAACAAGUAUAUGUCAUUCCGUGACACAGUCAUGACAUGGCAUUGGGGCGUCCUCCAUGUCGACAGAAACGUCUGCCGGACGUGCCGAGACUCGGUAGACAGUUUCGGCUACUCUAAUUACCUCGAUCUGGGAGGCGUGUCUGGGCGGUACAGCGACGAACCUAUGACGCUAAAACAACUCCUUGAUGAGCAAUUCAACUCCAAGGAGACCAGACAGGCCGAUGGAGACUCGGGGUACGAGUGCGGGACAGAAGUUGGCGAAAUCCACAAAUCCAAGGAAGCCUACACCAAACUGGUCCGCCUGCCGCCGCUGCUGGCCAUCCGGUUCAAGCGGUGGGACGCGAUGGGCAACAAGGUCAAGCGCAAGAUCAAGUUCGACGUGGACAACCUCGACCUGACCGAGUACACGAUCGACACGUCGGACAUCACGGACCGUGGCACGGUCAACGGCUUCAGCGCCGAGAAGGUCUACGACCUGUACGCCGUCAUCGCGCACCGCGGCGACACGUCGAGCCAGGGCCACUACGUCUCGUACGUCAAGGACGGCGCCUCGCGCGACGCCAGCGCCUGGUUCUUCUGCAACGACCAGCAUGUCUACAAGCGCCGCGUCGGCAGCCCCACCAUGCCCCUCGAAGACGUCUGGUUCCAGUGCCUCGACGGCUUCACCCCCUUCGUCAUCUUCUACAAGCGCAGGGACGUGCCCUGGCAGUACGCAAGGCCCCCGGCCGGCAUGAGAUGA